UGUGACAGGAGCAGCUGCUCAGACACGGGAGCGACCCAGGCGGAACAACAUGAUCCAGAUCAGCUCCUGAAUGAGAACCGCUCCGAACCAGAACAGGAACCGGGAUGUCCCCGCUGCAGCUCUCCGUUUACUGGCGUCUUUCACUUCUUUAUUCUUUCACUCCGUUCCUUUUCUUUAUGGACAUCUUCACAGCAGCCAUAACUGCUGAUACAUGUCGUCAUGACAACGCCACACACGCCCCAGCUUCCUGGGGUGGAAGCAACCAAUCAGAGCAAGGGGAAAUUUUAGAGAUGGAGUCUGAUUGGUGGAGCCAAGAUUCAGUGUGCAGCUGGACAGACUGGUUGUCAUAUGGUCAGACUGUCUACAUGAUAGGAAUGCUGCUGGGAUCUCUGGUGGGAGGAGCUUUAGCAGACAGGUACGGGAAGCGUCGGAUGCUGCUGGUAGCCGGAUUCAUCCAAGCCUUCUGUGGCGUUGUACCCGCCAUCUUUCCUCAACCUCACCUUUUCCUUGCCACCCGCUGUCUAACAGCCAUCUCCUUUUACUUUAUCAAUAUUUGUGCCUUCAGCCUGGCGGUGGAGUGGACUCUCCCUGCGGCUCGGCUCUGGCCCCCUGCCUUCCUGUCAUUCUGCUUCAGCCUGGGGACGAUGGGCGGGGCUCCGCUGGCCUGGCUCAGUCCCACCUGGACUCAGCUGCACCUGACCCUUGCCCUACCUCAGCUCAUGUGUCUGCCCCUCUACUUCUCCAUCCCAGAGUCUCCUCGGUGGCUGCUGCUACAGAAGAAUGUGGAUGUUUUGCAGCGUUACCAUGGCAACAGCCCAGCAGAUAAACAGCAUCUGACCCUGCUGCUGGACUCGGUUCAGUCCGACCUGGAGAAAGCUGCGGAUGCUCAGACACAAAUAUCUGGCAGUAGAUGCCCCGCCCACACAGGUAAAGCCCACCUGAGAUCCAUCCUGCUGAAACUGGUCAUCAUGAGCUUCCUGAGUGCCGCUGUAGCCUUGACGUACUAUGGCAUCUGUCUGAACAUCGGCUCAUUUGGCGUUAGUGUUUACGCCGCUCAGUUUUUCUCUGGCCUCUCAGAGGUUCCUGGUCUGCUGGUUCCUUUGGCCCGCCUUGGACGUCGACUCCUCACCAUGCUGGCUCUGUUCCUGAGUGGGUCUGCCUGCUGUUUGUCCUUACUGCUGUCCAGAUACAACGGUGAACCGGUGCUGGUGAUGAGUCUGGCCCUGCUGGGAAAACUCUGCAUCCUGGCUGCCUCCUUCAUCUUGCUUUUGUACAGCAUAGAACUGUUUCCAACAGUCGUCAGACAGCGCUGCAUAUCCCUGGUCAACCUGUCCUACCGUCGUGGCUGUCUGGCCACGACCUUCGUUCCCUCCGGUCCAAAUGGAGCCAUCUCAUUGGUUGCCAUGGUUGUGUAUAGCAGCGGACCAAUCGUAGGCUGUAGCCUGUGUUUGCUGCUUCCAGAAACCAGCGGCGUUCCACUUCCCGACUCACUGGAGGACUGUGACAUGUCUCACCCUGCCAGCAUGGACGCCCUACUCAGGCCAAAGAGGCUACAGAGCAGCCAGAUGAAAACAGAAACUCUCUCUUCAGAGAAAGCUGGCACACAAACAUCAAAUUGACCGUUUUCUUUGGAGAGCACAAAUAAAAUGAUGCAUUCUUAUUCAGACCAAAGGACAUGAAAAUCAUCUAAACCAGGGGUGUCAAACUCAUUUUAGCUCAGGGGCCACAUGGAGGGAAAUCUAGUCCCAAGUGCGCCGGGCCGGUAAAUAAAAAAAAAAAAACUUCAGAUUGUUUUCUUUGUUUUAAUACAAUCAAUAUAAAACAAGGCUGGAGCCUGAGGACAAUGUAGUACAAGUACAACACCUGAAGUGUACUUGAAAAUUUGAAAAAAAAAAAAAAUCAAUCAAUAAAUAAAACAUUCCUUAGUGAUUCAAAGAGCUUACAGAUCACAUGGCAAGAUCAGUUUCAUGCAUCACUUAAAGUAUAUUUGACUCAUUUUACUUUACAUCUUUUAGCUUUCACCAGCACAUCAAUAUCAGAAGUCACAUCCUGAGUGGCGGCCAACUUCAGGAUGUGAUUCAAGUUCUUGUGUGAGCCUUGAGCGCAGCUUUGUUUUAGUUAUACUCGUUACAGAGAAAACUUGCUCACAAAGAUAAGUUUAUUUUCACUCUACAUUGUAAAGUAUGAAAAUAAAGUUUUCACAACCAUCUCGCGGGCCGGAUUUAACCCGCUUGCGGGCCGCAUAUUUGACACCCCUGAUCUAAACAGCAGCACCUUUAGUUUUGUAACGUGACGGAGGUGCCAUUCCCCCGAAGGUUAUUUACCCUCUCUCCACGGAUGUCUCUGACACAGAACUAAUCUGCAUGAGACUGCCUCAAGGUCAUGCAUUUGCUUCUAAACUGCUUCCUUUCCAGCUCAAGAGAAGAUUGAAGAUAAAGGACUCUUUCUUGUUGAUAAAUCAAAGAAUUAUUUUUAAUAAAGCUAAUCAAACAAAGUGUUAGUCAAUAAUAUAAUGCUGACCAAUCUGUGAACUAACAAUGUUAUGAUUAAUAUGCUUUAAUAAGUAAUAUGACUUUAAUCUAGCUGCACUAGACAUCCUGACUACACGUAAUGUAAACGCAUGACACAUUGUUUACUCAUCCAAUCAGAACCUUCCUUUCUGAGGCGUGGCAUAGUCUCUGUGGUGUUUAUAAAUCUGCCAACUUUGAUUCGACCAGAAAUCAAAACAUCCAGAUUAAUAAAACUAGUUCCCACGCCAUCUUAAGUUCAGUUCUCAACAGUUCUGAACAGUUUACUGGAGUUCUCGGCAGUUCACCGCAUGCUAAGAGAAGUAUCGGACCAGCCACCCGGACUUCUUUUUUUAAGCAACGAACCAACAAGCUGGAUAAAAUCUGUUGCAUUUUUCCAACCAAGCAAUGGUUCCUUUCAGAAUAAAAGCUGAACUCACUGACCCUCAGGGUCCAUCUGACGCUGUCAACCAACUGACGCUUUUUACCUGGAAACAAUCCAAAGACUAGUCUGUCGUACUGCUGAUGCUGUUUCAUCAGCUCCAGUACCAAAAGGGAGGUUUGAGGACCUGACAUUAUGGAUCUGUACGGAGGUCUCAUCCUAAGGGUAUGUGUGGAGCAACAAUUAUGGCUUCUCACGUGUUUAUGAAACUCCGAUCAAACUCCGAUCAUAGCUAAAGCAAAACAUCACAACAUCAUUUAGACUUGCUUCUCCGGAUACGAGAGUUCUGAUGACAACAUCACUCACACACGCAUCAUUCAUCUCACGUCUCAUUCACACCAGAUCCACUCAUCACUUAGAGUUUAGAGUUAGUCUUGUUUAAAAUUCUUUCAAAUUGUUUAGAAAUAAAUCUUAAACAUUUUAAA